AGAAGAAAGAAGGGGAAAAGAGGCUUUCAAGAGAAAGCUAGGGAGCCAACAACACCCUGUAAUCCGUGAUAGGAUUACAAGACUAAAGAUUCCCAGUGGUCCCGCCUGAUAGAUGAGAGGCGCAAUUUAGGAGCUGUUUGCUACUGAGUUGAAACAAUUCCGCAGAAGCACAUUUGGCUAAGGAGCCAUGGAACCAGGAGAGAGGCACCCUCAGCAGAUAAGGCAAGUGCUGCUAUUCUUUGUUUUCCUGGGAGGGUCUUUGGUGUGUUCAGAGCCCUGGCACUAUUCUGUGGCAGAGGAAAUGGAGAUCGGUUCUGUUAUAGCCAAUGUGGUGAAAGAAAUAGAUUUGUCUGUGGAAGACUUGGUUGCACGGGGGGCGAGAGUCAUCUUUGACGACUAUAAACCUUAUUUACAGUUGGAUCCACAGACUGGCAACUUGUUCUUAAAUAAGCAACUGGACCGGGAGGCACUUUGCCAUUUCACAGAGCCAUGUAUAUUGCAUUUCCAGGUAUUAUUUGAAAAUCCUUUACAAUUUUUUCGGGCUGAACUUUGGGUUAAAGACAUAAAUGAUCAUACCCCUGCUUUCCUAGACAAGCAAAUAAUUCUGAAAAUCUCAGAAGCUACUGCUCCAGGAACCUCAUUCCAAAUGGACAGUGCUCAGGACUUGGAUGUAGGAAAGAAUGGUGUCCAAAACUACACAUUAAGUCCCAAUUCUUAUUUCCACCUUAAAUUACAAGACAGUGAUGAUGGCAGAAAAUUCCCAGAGCUGUUACUGGACCAAUCUCUGGAUCGGGAAAAGGAGCCCGAGUUUAGAUUAACACUAACAGCCUUGGAUGGUGGGUCUCCGCCCAGGUCUGGAACUACACUGGUUCGUGUUUUGGUUUUAGAUAUCAAUGACAAUGCUCCAGAGUUCCAAAGGCCUGUCUAUGAGGUUCAGGUACCAGAAAACAGCCCUGUGGACUCCUUGGUCAUCAGGGUGUCUGCUACAGAUUUGGAUGCGGGAAUAUAUGGAGAAUUAUCCUACUCAUUUUCUCACGUCUCCACAGACAUUCGGAAAACAUUUGAAAUCCAUCCAGUUUCUGGUGAAAUCCAUUUAAAAGCGCUUCUGGAUUUCGAGUUAAUUCAGUCAUAUACAAUAAAUAUCCAGGCCAUUGAUGGGGGUAGCCUUUCCGGAAAAUCAGCAAUUUUAGUUCAGGUUGUGGAUGUGAAUGACAACGCACCAGAAAUAGUCAUGACAUCUCUGACUAGCCCCAUACCUGAAAAUUCGUCACCUGAAAUGGUGGUCGCUGUUUUUAGCAUACGAGACCUAGAUGCUGGGGACAACGGGAGGAUGGUGUGCUCCAUUCAGGAUGACCUCCCUUUUCUCUUGAAGCCUACCUUUAAAAAUUUCUACACCCUGGUAACAGAGAGCCCCCUAGAUAGAGAGAACCAGGCCGAGUACAACAUCACCAUCACCGUCACCGACCUGGGGACC